AUGGUGAAGCCUUCCAAGCAAUAUCAAUGCCAGCGAUGUUCCCGAACCUUUGCUCGGUUGGAACAUCUCCAACGCCAUGACCGGUCGCACACCAAGGAAAAGCCGUAUCUCUGCACCCAAUGCCCCAAGUCGUUCACGCGAAAAGACCUCCUGGCCCGCCAUGAACGUCUGGCCCACAGUGACGCCGCUCCUGGCCAAGGAACAACAUCAUCGCCUUCCGUGGCAUCUCCCCAAGUCUUUGAUGGCCUUAAUGUCCUGGCCUCCGCGGUAACUGACCAUCCUACGCCUGCCACCAUAUCAGGCCCACAGGCCCUACUCCCAGGUCCUCAUGAGCAGUUCACUCCCGGCCUGGCUGCCUCCGUGCAGGGUCAUCCGAUAGCCACUUCCAAUCCAUCCGGACAAGGACCUUCAGGAUCUGCUAGCUUCAAUGAGCCAUUCGUCGGUUACGGACCGGCAACUUCUUACGACGGUGAUGAUUUUACGACCUUCCUCGACAGUAUCCCGCUUCCCAGCCACCCAUUCUCACCUACCUAUCAGCCCCUUCCACUAUUCCCCGCGUUCCACUUCGACUCCGCAUCAGAAUAUAGCCAACCUGUUGCGAAGACAAACAACGAGGUUACGACCCCCUCUAGCUCCAUCCUUCCUAGACAUGGAACACAGCUACCAUCGCUUCAGCCCGAAGGAGCUCACACGCCUUACAAGUCUCGUGACCCGAGUGCACCUAUCUCGGUUACCGCGCAAUGCCGUGAUCGCAUCGUCGCCGAGUUAUCGAGUUACUCAAAUGUUGUCCCCAAUCCCUACACACCAUCUCGACAUGCCCUGUCCAGAUGUAUCAGCGCUUACAUGACCAACUUUCACUGCCAUUAUCCUUUCAUGCAUCCACCCACCCUCGAUGUUGAUUCCUUGCCUCUGCAUUUGAUUUUUGGUAUGGCUUCCGUGGGUGCCCAAUACUGCCGGGAACCAGAAACAAGCAUGAGCCUCUACAAAGUGGCCAAGGCUGUGACCCUUGAACAUGUACGAAGAGACCUGCAAUGGGGAUGUCUAAGUCCGCAGACGGAGGGUCCGAUGGACCCGGUAUCCAGAGGUCAGGAUAUCAUUGAGACGGUGCAGGCGCUAUUGCUCCUUAUAUCUGUUUCGUGUUGGUUUGAGCGCGACCCGCCUCAUCACGAAGCGUUGCAUAUUCGAAGUUCCAUGGAGACUCUUCUUCGGCAAGGAGGGCUCAAUGACUUACCGGCUCAAGAUGGGUCAUGGGAAAGCUGGAUCCGCUAUGAGAUGGUCAAACGGACAAAACUUAUUGUGUUCUGUUUCUUUAGUGUCCACACCAUCGUGUUUGAUAUUCCGCCGCUGAUUCUGACCGAGGAGCUGACGCUGGAUUUACCCUGUACUGAGCGAGAAUGGACAGCAACCAGCGCAGCUCAGUGGCUGGAAGAGCGCAGCCAGAGUCGUGGGGAACCAAAAUUACAAGAUGCGAUGAACUCAUUGUUCACUCACACUGGUGCAGCCAAGACCAGCUUGGAGAGCUUCUCUUCUUUGGGAGGAUACGUGCUCAUCCACGCGAUGAUUCAGAACAUCUGGUUAAUUCAGAAGGCUAGCAGGCUCCCUGUCUCGAACGGAAGCUUUCUGUCUCCGUCUGUGAUUACAUCCUUAGAGCAGGCUCUGGAACUCUGGUGUCAAUGCUGGGAGCACAACCAAGAAUCCUCGAUCGACCCUUUCAACCCUCACGGUCCUGUGUCCUUCACGUCCACUGCUCUCCUCCGUCUGGCGUAUAUCCGACUCAACGCUGAUUUCAGCUCCGCCCGUCGACUGGAAACAUGGGACCCGGAUGAGGUUGCCCGAUCGCUCAAGAAUAACCUAUCGGUACAGAGGAGCGACCGUCUUACUCGAGCUGCGCUACACUGCGCCCAUGCACUUAGUACGCCCAUUAAACUGGGCAUCAACUACGUCGCGCGCACCCUCGUCGUAUCAUGGUCAAACCAGUACGCAUUAUGCUCCCUGGAAUGUGCUGUGCUACUCGCCAAGUGGCUUGAGGUGGCCACGAUCUCGAAUCCAGAACCUAGUUUGACUGAACAAGAAAACAAACUACUUGAAUUCGUCCUGGAAAUGGUCAUGGAAGCUCAGCAUGGGGUGUCUCGUGAAUGGCUGCUCGCUAAUAACACUCGUCUCAGUGCUACUGUCACCAGGCUAUGGGCCAGGCUUUUUACGGCUGAUUAUAUCUGGCAAUUGGUGAAUCUGAUUGGAAGUUCUCUUAACAGAUAUGCUGAUAUUCUGGAGAGUGAUGAGUGA